UGAAGGCACCGAAGACCAACCGUUAUACCAUCCCUGUAAAUGCUCUGGAAGUAUUAGAUUUGUUCACCAAGAUUGUUUGACGGAAUGGCUCCGGCAUAGCAAGAAAAACAUGCCAGACACUAUUCCAAUUGUGUUAUUUCUUCGACGCGGUAUACGACGCCUGUAUGGGCUCAUACAAAUAUGGUUCCGUGCACUUCUCGUGGGAAUUGUGUGGUUGGUAGCGUUACCCUGGGUUACUGUUUGGAUAUGGAGGGCCUAUUUCUUGAGUGGGGAGUUUCUUGCUUUUUUGAUUAACGGACAAAAGCCUCCCACAAGAACUUCAGAUAAUACAGAAUCUGGAGAAAAAAGUGGACUUAGUAUAAUAUAUUUGGGAUUACUUAAGGGAUUUAUUUGGUAUGUUCCUCCAGAAGCAGUAGCAUUUGUGGAAUAUUAUGGUGAUUUAGCCAGCAAAGUAUUAUCAGAUACAUUUGAAGGACAAAUUAUUACAUGUGUUGUAGUAAUAGUUUUUGUAGCUGCAUUCUUAUUAAGAGAGUGGAUAGUUCAGAAUACGCCAGCUGCAAAUGAUAAUAAUAAUGUUAACGAGCAAAUAAAUGAUGAGCCCGCAAACGAAAGGAAUGCCAAUAACGAUAACAAUGCGAUCGUGUUACCUAAUCUUCAAGUUUUACCAGAAGUUGAACAAUUACCCGAACAACAAUUGGGAAACAAUGAAGAACCUCAAAUUCCAGUUGUUCACGUUGGAGCAAAUUUCAAUGAAGGAGCUUUUGUAUUUCAAAAUGGACAUCGUCUACCAUUAAUUCAACCAGAUCCACCAUUCCCAACUGAUCCUAUUUUACAAGAACCAAUUCAACAAAAUGUUCAAACAUUAAUGAAUUUACAUCGUCGUUAUGUAGAAGAACAAAAUAAAGAAGACAAUAUUGAUCGACAAUUAAUAGUAGAUAAUAAUACACUUGUUCAGGAAGAUCAAUUUGAAUCGAACAUUAUAGAUUCGAAAUUAGAUGAUUCAAUUGAUGAUAUUGGAUCAAGUUCUACUUAUAAUAAAGAACAUUCAUCCUUAGAUUCAGAAUUAAACGUUAGAGAGCUUAACAUAGACGAUCAAAACCCCUCUAUGUAUGUCCCAUAUGUAGAUGAUUCUAAAGCGUCAAUUGGCGCUAUUAUGAUGAGUGAUGCGAAUAAUGAAAAUUCUAAAGGAAAAAAUAUUGAAACAAAUAAUUCCACAAUGAUUUUCCCGGAAUCAAAGGAUUCUCUUUCAUCCUCACCAGAAUUACAGUGUGCAUCUACAAAGGAUCAAAAUUCUUUGCAAUUUAGAAUUAGUAAUUCUGUCACUGACAAAAAUAAGGAAGGUACAAAUGAUUUGAUCGCAACAUCAUCCUCAUCCUCAUCAGGUGUUGCAGUUCGACAAGGAUAUUCUUCAAACACAAAACCAUUUCGUGAAAAUUUUGUAGAAGAUAGAAGAAUUCGCCCAAUCAGAAAAAUAAGAACACGUAUAGCAGUUCCUAUGUCGUCUGAUGCCUCUUCCAAUGUAAUAAGACAAUUAUCAAAUUCUUCACAAGAAGAUCUUGAUGAUUUAUCUCUUGGUGGUUCUUUUAUGAAUAUCGAUUACUCUGAAAUUUCAAAUAGCGAUCAGGAAAACGAAGACGUAAAUUUACAAGAAAAAUAUCCACGUGACGUAAAUAACACUUACAGUCCAUCCAAAAUAAUAACAAAUACUAGUGGUGUUUAUUUUGCUGAUGAUUCUAGUUCGUUUGCUGUGCAUCGUAAUUCAAAUGCUAAUUUACAAAGUUACGGUGAUCAUUUUGAAAAACAUGAUGAAAAUGAUUUGUUAGAUUUUGAUGAAAUGGACAUUGAUGAAGAGCGAUAUGAUGAGGAUGAUGAGGAUGAUCUAGAAGGAGAGAAUGAAUCUGAUGAUAAUGAUAAUCCACUUGAGGCUGAAAAUGAAGAAGAAGAACCUGUUGAAGAAUUAAAUGUGGAAGAACCUAAUGCGAAUAUUGCUGAUGCUCCAGUUUUGCCUGCCAUACCUGCGCCUCUUUUUAAUGAAGCAAUCGAACCUCCUGCCAACUCUGUGUUAAUGAUAAUUUUGAUCGCAUUAUGUUUAGCUGGCUCUAUUUGGGUGCCAUUCUUUGUUGGAAAAACUGUUUUACUGAUUAAACCUUUGAGUAUUAUACAACUCCCGUUGAAAUUGUUGCGAAAAGUCACAGACCCUUUUGUAGAUCUCGUUAUUGAUACCGGUAUCCCAUGGUUAUGGUCACUUGUUUAUCCACUAUUAAAAUCUGGUUGGAACGCGACUAGCCCUCAGAUUUCACCAAUUUUUGAAGAUUCUUUAUUUGUGAAUUAUGUGCAAGGCAUUUCCGAUAAAACGGAUGAUCUUUUGGGAUAUGCUGCUUCUUUCGUUGCUAAAAUCGAUCCUCCAGAAUCAGUUAUUGUUGUGAACUCAACCAUCAGCGGUGUUAAUCACUUUUCAGAAUUUUUAAAAGCAAAAAAUUUAACGUGGCUUGUUACGUUAAUUGAUCGUUGGAAUGGUUUUGCAUAUGGUAACGCACCAACAGAUAAGAUCGUAUGCAUUCUUUCUGGAUAUACAGUCAUUAUUGUCCUAUGUGCUUAUUAUUUGGCAAAAACAAGGAACGCAUAUGGUGCUACCGUUGGUCGUGCUGUACAAGAGGGAUUACGACAACAAGGCAUAGUUUUAAAGGUCGCCUUUUUUGUCGCAAUCGAAUUAAUUAUUUUCCCGAUCAUAUGUGGUAUCUUAUUGGACCUUUCUACAUUACCGUUAUUUGCGGAGGCCACACCAACAUCACGGCUAGAGUUUUAUUUUGAAUCACCUAUUACGUCAACUUUCCUUCAUUGGUUUACUGGUACUGCAUUCAUGUUCCAUUUUGCGGUGUUCGUAUCUUUAUGCCGAGAAAUUGUACGAUCUGGUGUUAUGUGGUUUAUUCGAGACCCGAAUGACCCACAAUUUCAUCCCAUAAAAGAAAUUUUGGAUAGGCCUGUUUGGACACAACUCAAAAAAAUCGGUGCAAGUGGCAUCAUGUAUAGUGCAAUGAUUGUUUGUGGUUUAGGGAGUGUUAUAUACUUUAUUCGGUAUUGUUUUAAUGGUAUAUUACCAUUACAAUUAUCAUUCACGGAACCAAUCUCCGAUUUUCCUGCCGAUCUUCUUGUAUUUCACAUCGUUGUUCCUGUAACUGUCACUUGGGCCAAGCCAAAACGGUUGUUCCGUAAAUUAUUUGAAAAUUGGUGGAAAGUUACCUCCCAUGUUUUACGAUUGACUUCUUUUAUGUUUGGAGAUCGUCAUUUUGAUGAAGAAGGUACACAUGUACGCAGAACAUGGGGUGCUUCUUUACGUCGCCUGAAAGCCCGAAUUCCUAACCCGGGUGAUAACAUUAUUGAUGAUAAUACAGGGGUUGUUUUUGUGAAAGAUGGUGAACUUGUCCGUGCUCCUAGCUACGAUGGUGUACCAGUUGUUCCCGGUCGAAGAAUGUUAAUACCUGUGAAUGAGGAUGGCACGUUAAAAAAUCCCGAUGAUGCACCAGUUGGUCAAGAUGAUCAAUUAAACUACACAGUUGUUUAUAUUCCACCUAAUUUCAAAGCGAGAGUAAUUACAUUUUUAUUUCUUAUGUGGUUCUGUGGUUCUUUAUUCUGUUGUUCGGUUACUAUUUUACCGCUUUUGACGGGACGUUAUAUCUUUAAAUCUAUCCUACAUCAUCAACGUGCGGUUCAUGAUUUAUACGCAUUUACAGUAGGACUUUAUGUAUUGUGGGCAUUAUACAUUUCUCUUGAAUGGGUCAUUAGUAAAAUUCAGGCGAUUGCCGGACAAGAUCUCAAUAUUGAUUGGACUAUGGUUCGACAAAAAAUGUGGCAAGGGACAAUUGUGAUCGCAAAAAUUUUGUACUUUAUUUUAUCAUUCGGAAUUGUUAUCCCAUUCCUUCUAUCAUUGGUUACUGAACUAUACAUAAUUUUACCCUGGAAAAAAUUAACGACCGAUAUUCCAAUCAUUUCUUUUUUACAAGAUUGGGCUUUGGGCAUCGUUUAUAUGAAAAUUGCAUACCGUAUUGUUUUUAUGCUGCCUGAUAAUGUUUAUAGUAGAGCUAUCAAUGAUAUAACUGAGCGAGGCUUUAGAAAUUUGAAUGUCAAAUUGGCAACAACAGUAUUUAUUAUUCCUAUAGGAGGCUCGGCAUUAGCAGCCGUAAUUCUACCGGCAUUAACAGCUUGGGUGAUAAUAUCUGCGGCUGGUAUUUCUAAUGCAAAUAGUAUAGCUCUUAUAAUUCGCUAUAUCUAUCCAGUGUUUUUGGCGAUAGUACUUGGUUAUCGUGUUCAACGACAAAUGGGACAAUUAGUAAACAGCUGGAUGCAAGCCGUUCGUGAUGAAGAAUAUUUGAUAGGGCGUAGAUUACAUAAUAUUGAUCCAAAUGAACAACGUGGAAACACUAAUGUUAUAAUAAGGGGACAGUAA